AUGGCUGACGUGGCCGACGGGUGGCUUGGUCCUCAGCCCGCGCACAGCACCGCCAGGAGUCGCGACGAUGCCUCGUCGGCAGACUACUCGCCCAGGGCCGGAAGCCCCGGCAGCCGGAGCGCCAGGGAGCCGAGCCCCUUCUCGGCGGCCCUCUGCCCUCGGCCGGAUGCUGCUCAGAGGUCGCCGAGGAAGCUGAUUCUAUGCUUUGACGGCACGGGCAACAAGUUCCACGGAGACGAUAGCGAUAGCAACAUCCUCAAGAUAUUCCGCAUGCUUGAUCGGUCUGCUGACGACCAGUACCACUAUUAUCAACCUGGCAUCGGAACCUAUGUCAUUUCCGGCUCGCUCUCUCAUACCGGCCUGCGGGCGCGCUUCAAAUCAUGGUGCGAGAAAGCCAAGGACUCGGCCAUUGGCUCCUCCUUUGACCAGCACGUCGUCGGGGGCUAUCGGUUCCUCAUGCGGUUCUACCAGUCCGGCGAUGAGAUUUACAUGUUUGGCUUCAGCCGCGGCGCCUACAUUGCGCGCUUCCUCGCCGAGAUGCUCGACUACGUCGGCCUGCUGUGCCACGGGAACGAGGAAAUGGUCAAGUUUGCCUGGAAGGCAUUUGCGCAAUGGCAGAGCCGCAAGCCCGCUUCCAACGACGGCAACGACGGCAACGACAACGAAAACGACAACGACAACGACAACGACGAGCAGCGAGACCCUGCCAAGGUUGAAAAAACGCGCAAAAUGUACAACUACAUGAAGGGGUUUCGCGAGACCUUUUCGCGCCCCGUCGGGAGGAUUCGGUUCCUGGGCUUGUUUGAUACCGUCAAUUCUGUGCCGCGGUUCGAGACCGCUUGGAUGCAGCGGAGCAAAUUCCCCUACACUGCUCGCACCAGCGCCAGGACGAUUCGGCAUGCCGUCAGCAUUGACGAACGCCGGGCCAAGUUCCGCCAGGACUUGAUGUACCAGAAGCCCCCGAAGCAUCAGCACCGUGCUCACAUACUCCCUCGUCACCACGUGGGAGAAAUGAUUAACCGGGUACGACGAAGCAUGGAGCAUCCGCGCCCAUCCGAGGCACCGGACCCGGCGCCUGCGCCACAGCAGAAACACUCGAGCAAUCUGCUAUCCCCCGGAGACAAGGUCGCCCGAGGUCGCCGCGGCGCCGUGUCUCACCGGGAGGGAUACGCGCCCUACCGACCUCGAUCCAAGUCGCGGCAGCCAAGGGCGAGAGGAGCGCUCGCGGACGCGGACAACAUGUCAUGCUCCGACGCCUCACAGUGGGAACAGGAGAUGAAUGACUGGAAGGACGAGGGCCAGGACAUUGACGAGGUGUGGUUUGCCGGCGGGCAUGGAGACGUUGGCGGCGGAUGGGAAGCCCUCGACGAGCGCAAGAGCGCGAGCCACGUGCCCUUGGCCUGGAUAGUGCGGGAAGCCAUCAGGGCCGGGCUUUCCUUCGAUCUGGACAGGGUCACAGAAAUGGGCUGUCAAGACGUAUUCGACGGCCAGGUCAGACCGUCUGCGCGAGCGAGGCCGGACCGAGCCAGCAGACCAGCCAUCCAAGUGCAGGACGAGGCUGGAAACGUUGAAAGCGGCCGGCGAGACGGACAGCCAAGUCCAGAAACCGAAGACGAGGUGCUUAUCAGUGCCGAUUUCGCUCCUGCUGCGGAUGAAGCGCCUUCCCCGUUCCACGAAAUGAUGCACAAGGCGCACACAUCUCUUAUCCACGACUCUCUCGAGUACGGCGGCGGUCUAGGGCUCCUGGCUGUGACGGCGUGGAAGUUGAUGGAAUACCUCCCCUUUCGGCGAAUGGACCUGCAGCCCGACGGGACGUGGAAGCCGAUCCGAUGGCCCUUGCCGUGUGGAGAGGUGCGAGACAUUCCGGACAACGUGCGGGUCCAUGGCAGCGUGAUUCGAAGGCUAAAAGAGGAUCAGAAGUACAGACCGGGUAAUCUGAUCAUUGGAGGCGGUGGACGGGGUGUGAGGAGGGCAGGACCAACUUAUGGCAUUGGUGAAUGGCGCUGUGUUGCAGAGCCCGGAGAUGCCAUCGGAGAGAUUUGGGUAAGAAAGACGAGGUCAUCGAAUGGAGAUGGGGGGAACUGA